UGAUGGCUAAACAAACCUGUUUGGAUUCUGAACCCCAAGGAAUUGCAGCCUCUGUAUCUGUCUCUCCCUCUCUGCCUUGGGCUCAGGGUUCAAAUAAAACAAAAUGUCAGACACAGAAGAAGUGCAGGAGGAAGAAGAUGGAUCCAAGCCCAAACCAAAGUUCAUGCAAAACCUCUCUGCACCAAAGAUGGCUGAUGGUGACAAAGUGGAUUUUGAUGACAUCCACAGGAAACGUCAGGAGAAGGACCUGUCUGAGCUCCAGUCUCUGAUUGAGUCUCACUUCAUCCAGAGGAAGAAGGAGGAAGAGGAGCUCAUCUCCCUCGUCAACAGGAUUGAGAAACGCCGUGCGGAGAGGGCAGAGCAGCAGAGGGUUCGCGCGGAGAGGGAGAAGGAAAGGCAGGCCAGGGUUGCUGAGGAGAAAGAGAGGAAGGAGGCAGAAGAGCAACGUAGGAAGCAUGAUGAUGAUGCUAAGAAGAAGAAGGCUCUCACUAACAUGACCCACCAGUAUGGAGGCAUUCAGCAGAAGAGUGAAAACCGUAAAGGAGCCAAAAAACAGAACGAGAGGGAGAAGAAGAAGAAGAUUCUUGCUGACCGCAGGAAACCUCUCAGCAUCGACCAUCUGAAUGAGGACAAACUCAAGGAGAAGGCCAAUGAGAUGUGGCAGUGGAUGAUGGAGCUGGAGGCUGAGAAGUUUGACCUCUGUGAGAAACUUAAGAAACAGAAGUACAAUAUUAACCAGCUUCUCGCUCGGGUCCAGGACCACCAGAGCACCAAAGGUCGUGGCAAGAAGAUGGGCCGGGUGAGGUAAAGGAGCAAUCACUACAGUCGGAGAAACCACGACGACGCCAGGGAUCGGCCAAUGAUGUGUGUUCAUCUGUGUUGUUGUGUCUGGCAUAGCGUCUGACUAUCACUGUAUAUCAAAGUAUCAAGUCAA